AUGAAAGCUACUACCACGGCUAUUAUCCUCUUCGCUAUCGUCUCUAGUAGUCAAGCACAAAAUGACCAAUGCUGGAAAGCUGGCAACGACCCUGACUGCACUGAAGAACCAGGGAAUCGUUUCCAGUGGAACUGUCUGAGCGGCUCUACUAUAUUUAAUUUGCCCUCGGAGCGCCGCGGGAGGUGCCAUUAUGGACCCUUAGUAGGCAACGUGCGUGUUUGGUGCUGUGACCAAGGAGGGCCUUAA